AUUCACAUGGGGGAUGUUGGGGUCCCUCAGAGUGGAAGACAGAGACAAGUGGAGAAAUGGCUAUAGAGCAAGGAAGUUAUAUCAGAGAGGCAGAAUUAGACUGGGGAGGCCGCAAGCGUAUCUCUCUGUUGAAGGCGGACCUUGGUAUUGAAGUGGGAGAAGAUGAUGUAGAGGACCUCCUUGAUGAUGCGGCUGAUAUAGUUAAGGACUUGGCUCUGGCCAUCUUACAACUUGGCCAGUCUGUUGAUUCCAAGUAUCUACAGCAGCCACUAGGUGAAACUGAAUAAGGCACGGAAGAUCAGAGAACAGGCGGAGGAAAGAAUGAGGAAGAAGAGCAAGAAAAGCACAAAGGAGGAGGGAGAAGGAGGAGAAUCAGAAAGUGAGUCUGAGGAGGAAGAGGAAGAUAAGGUUUCCCUGCAAAUCACAGACAAUGCUCUUAGAACUCCCAUGGAAAGGUGGGAAAAGUCUCUCAUGACCAGCUCAAGUGUGUCUAAGCUAUGUCUACACUUUAGCACUCUUGACAAUUCCAUAACAUGGUCACGAUCAGCUCUCAAUGCUCGCUGUCGCAUCUGCCGCAGAAAAGCAGAUGCGGAAAAUAUGCUGUUGUGUGAUGAAUGUGACAAGGGUUACCAUGUGUACUGUCUAAAACCGAAACUCAAGACCAUACCCUCAGGCAACUGGUAUUGUGAUCACUGUAAGCCAAAAGAGAAGCCAAAGAGUCCCAGGAAGAAGAGACAGAUAUACAAAGACAUCUCAGAUGAUGAGAUGGAUGAGGAGAAAACAAGUGAUGAGGAGGACAGUGAAGUUGAGAAUGAAGAUGUGUGUUUUGUGUGCGAGAAACCUGGAACAUUGAUCUGCUGUGACACAUGUCCCCUAGCCUAUCACCAACAGUGUGCUGACCUAAGAACGGUGCCAAGAGGAAACUGGUCAUGUGCAACUUGUAAAGGUACUAAGGAUAGUGCCCAAGAUAAGAAGACAACCAAAGAAAAUAAAAAUUCAAAGGAAAAUAGUAAAGCAAGUAAAGAUAGUUUGAAGAACAGUAAAGAAAAUAAAAACAGCAAAGACAAUUCUAAAAACAGCAAGGAGAAUUCCAAGAACAGCAAAGAUAACUCUAAAAACAGCAAAGAUACUUCCAAAAACAGCAAUUCCAAAAAUAGUAAAGAUAACUCCAAAAACAAAGAAAACAAGAACAAGAAGAACGCCAAUGCCAAGAAUAACAAGAAUGCCAAAAGUGCCAAGAAUGCCAAGUCCUCGCCAUCUCCCGAUAAAAAGAGGAGGAGUGAGGGACCAGAAAAUAGCCGCAGUUCGAAGAAGCAGAAGUUGGAGGAACCUGAAGUUGAAUACACAUCACCCAAGAGAAAUAACAGAAGGUCACUUGUUGAUGAAAACAGUGACUUCAAUUCAGUGGCUUUGGAAACCUUAUUGGAUGAGCUAUUUAAGCACAAGAUGAGCUGGCCAUUCCACAAAGCUGUGUCAAAGAAGGAGGCUCCAGACUACUAUGAUAUUUUAAAGAAACCAAUGGACUUUGGAAGGAUCAGAGAAAAGCUAAACUGUCUGAAAUACACAACAGAUGACGAGUUCAUAGCGAUGUCAUGCUGUUUUCCAAAACUGCCAGCAGUUACAACAUGCAGGAUACUGAUGGUAUAAAGCUGGCACAAAGCUCUCUAGCUACUUCAUGAAGCGAUUACAAGAUCUGGGGUUAAAUUACCAUGGGGAGCCCUGCAGGAAAACAAAAGAGGAAGCGCUAAGUUUCAUCCUUUUUCAAGUGCACUUACAAUGGCAAGGAGGUCCCUCCUUUAUUGUCUCUGGGUAUAAUGGUGA